GCAUGUGAGCUAAAGUAAAAAGUAAUCUUGUUUAAAGAUAGUGAACUACUUUUUCUUCAUAAUGUCAUGUUACACCUGGUAGAGACCAUUUAAUGCUUCAAAAAUUCUUGAAAAAUCUUCAUUGAUCUUGUACAUGACUGAAUAGGUCAAUUUCAAUUUUUCAGAAGCUGGCAAUAUCACGUAAGUGUGAAAUUUUGAAGCAAUUAUCUUAAAUCUUCAAAGUUUACAGAUUGUUUGCUCUAUUUAUUUAAGCUAUACGUUUUUACUUAGAGCAUUGCCUUACCACCUGAACUUUUGUUUGCUUUCUACGCAUUAUGAUAUUGAAAAAGCUGCAGCUGAAAUCACCAAGUUCUCACUUUCAAUUACAACUAAUGGCAUUGAUGCAAACUAUCUUUCUCAAGAAACAAUUUAGUCAAAAGCAUCUGCGAAUCAGAACAACCAGUCUAAGAGAAGGGCACGACCUGCAAAACUUUCAUGAUAUUUAUGUAAACCGAAAGUAAGAUUUUCAUUGUCAAAUAUCAAUAGAAGACAUGACAGACGCCAGCAAAUGUGGAAAUGUGAACGUGAUUCCUGGUAUUUCUUUUUUUACUGCUGUUGCCUCCAUAAUAUUAAGCAUUUGCACAACUGCACUUAAUGGCCUAGUUCUUCGCUCGAUCUACAUUCUUCGAGAGAAGAAGCUAAAAAUAUUCUUUUACAAACUUUUGCUUAACAUUUCAGUGUCGGACAUAAUUACUGGCAUUUUCACAGACCUGUAUUCUGCAAUUUUCCAUGUGCAAGAAGGCCUAUUGGUUACUCCUAUCGAAAUCCGAGUUAUUCACGUGACACUGUAUCUUCUUGGUAGUGUACCCUUGGCAACACUUGUUUUGCUUUGCAUUGACAGAGUUCUCGCAUUACUGAUGCCGCUUUCCUAUAGGCAUGGGCCAGCAGGGAGAACAGCGUGGUUAAUUGUGCUUAGCACUUGGGUGAUAUCAACCGUCCAAAUUGCAGCGUACUUUCGCCUCGGCUUUAUACCGUAUUUGGUAAUUUUCGCUGCAAUAAACAUAGCUGGAGCGAGUUUUGCAUUGUUUCUGACGUCAUACAUCUUCCAUAAACGGACGAAACGAGAAAAGCUUCGUAAAAACAAUCGUCGCGCAGAUGGCAGGCUGACUGUGGAAAUCAGUGGCUCUCCGCAAGGGCGUAAAGAUGCAGAACCCACAGUGAAAAAGAAAGAGAGGCACACCUCGCCUGAAAAAAGCGCAACGAAGGCAUUCCAGAUUAUGUCCGUGGUUAACGUUGCAACUUAUUUGCCUACAUGUUUUGCUACAGCAUAUAUGAACGCAUGUACUGAUUGCAACUGCAUGGUUGUACAUAGCAUGAGAGACAUUGCAAUAGUCUCCAUUUUGUCUGGGUCACUUUUUAGAGCAAUCACACUUCUUUCAUGCUUAAGACCACUCAGAUCAAGCUUCUGUAACCGAAAACCUGCCAGGCAAGAUGCCUCUGGAUAGAAUAGUAAACAACAGUCUAACAAUUGACAUCGUGAUAUGAGAGAUUUUUGCAUAAAAACGGACAAAGAUAUCCCACACUAUAUCUUGUAGAUAACAAUUGGACAACUAGCAGUUAGGGUGAUUUACUUUUAAAAUUGUUACAGUAUUCAACAUAGCAUUUGCUUUUAAGGUUUACAUGCAGGCAAACAUGCAUUGAAAAAAUGCUUCUGCCGAGACUAUCCUCGUACCACAUUAAAAAAAUUAUUUACUCGUCUCUUAUCGAAAGAUGAUAGAAGAGGUAAAUUCUGAUUACUAAUCAAGAUUUUGUUUCUUGAAAAGACUUCUCAAAGAUAUUUUAUUGCAGUCUGGACUGAAAAGCAUUCUCAGUCAAACCAUAUUUCCACGAUAGAAAAUGAAUUACAACGCCUCUUUGUAGCUGCAUAGGAGACAUUUUCCAAAAAUGAGUUUGCAAAGACAAAAAGAAAGAAUAUGGUGAAAUAGCCGUUAAUCGUAACGACUACGGGAAUGUAAAUUGUAGCUUGUUUUAAAAACGAAUUCUGUCAUGAAGGCAACCAAUUAGAGCAUUGAACAGAAAUAUCAUUAGCAAACAUUUAACAUUUAUUAAAAUCAUGCUUUUAUUAUAAAAUCAAUGUUUUUUGUUUAAAGCUCACACCAUGAAAAAUCAAUUAAUUGAACAAGAUGAUCAAAAUGUUUUUAGGUCAGAGUCUUAAGAAACAGUACAAAGAAAUAAGUCUAUUGAAAAGGAAAAUAAAGCGAUAUCUUCAGUAAAAAGUCAGCGUUGCUGUUAUCCAAUAACUCAUUAGCGAAUUUAUUUGAAGUUAGCUACUAUGUACUAGAAUACAUUUUGUCCAGUUAAAAUUUAUUUUCAUUGAAUUGAAAAGUUUUUCAUGGUCUCAAACCUUGUUUUGUGUUUUAAGUGUCAUUUCAUAACUUUUUUGUCAAAAUGUUCAUAACUUUUACAGGUUCUCGGUUUGGUCUUGUAUGAUUCUGCAUGGUUGAAAUCGUAUAUAAAAUCUAUAGAAAUUAUUGCAGGGUUUAACAUGUUUAUAACAGUGUGAUUUUAACACCGCUUCUUAAGUACAGCUAUACUUGCAAAACUUUGAAAGAAUGGUUGGAAAGAUUUUCACCUAUGAAAUUGUAAGAGAGCAAACAGAGAUACUAAAUAUAAAAAUCAGAGAUAUUAAAAAUUGUUCCAGCAAAAAUGAUUAUAUUGAUAUGGCCUUGCCACUAAGAAAGGGUUAUCGCGCAAAAUGGAAGGGACGUUAGUCAAAGGAAGGUUAAAAAAUAUCAACUGAAGACAAAAAAAACCAGAUUGAGGCGAUGAUGAAAAUAUCUGAACCCUUCCAGAAUGUAUAAAAAAUGUAUGCUAGAGGUCUGAAAUAUUAAUUUCUAGGAUCUGAAGGAGCUUAGAGCUUGUAGGUUGUGAAAACGAACACAGUAGGCUGACUGGUUGAAAAGAGGUAAAUAUUGAAAAUAUUAAAUAGCAGCAACUAUUCAACAGAUUCGAGGGCCUAAAAGUCUUGAAAAGCAAUCUUGCCGGGAGAUCUUUUCCUCUAUUUCUACACUACCGACGGUUUCCUCAGCACAGAACGUACGAUAAAAUAACUUCAGGGACGCACGUGUGUUGACGUUAAACUGACACCAUCGAAAGCAAAGACCCUGCCACUCGAGCAGUGAUGAUCGCAGGAGAUCCCUCAGUAAUUGAAAGACUAACUGCGACAAAAAGCAAUAAUCCGGGCUACUUGGAAGAGUUAAUCUAGAAUCAACAAAGAGAGAGCUUAUUAGAUUCAUCCAUGCCUAAAAUUAAAAGGCUAUAGGUACCUACAUAAGAUAACGGACAACAGCAUGGCUCUUUUGCUAACGCUACUUUGCUUAUUGUUAAACAACUGUAAUUGCAUUCAUGUAACAUCUUUUCCAAAUCUACCCUCACUAGUUGAAAUAAUUUUCAAGACCGCAUCUGUAGAGUGCCACAAGACUGUCGUUCUCUAGUUUUGCCAGGAAGUUCUUGCACCAUUCUUGUGACUAAUUUAAAACCUUCUUUCUAGUUGUUUUAUUCCUGUCGUAAGGGUGUUGACCCCUUUGAAAGAAAUAUUACAACUACAAAAUACAAUUCCAAAAUUUAACUGCAACUUCUAAAGGAUAUGAUUACAUUAUUGAUUUCAGGCACAAGCAGACAUGAUCGGGUUAAUUCUAGAAAGACUCUUUCUGUAGCUCCUUAAAAUUUCUAACUAUAAAAAGCAGUUAUCGUUCACAAAAUUCAAAAAAAAAUUAUCAGUAAUUCCUCGCAGGAAAUUGAUUACUGUUUGGCAGGAAAUAUUUAGUGUGAAAUCUCCAUUGUCAUUAAUUUUUUGCUGUGACAUAAAAUUCUAUUCUGUAAAAAAAUAAAGAUAGGCUUUCAAAAUACAAUCAACAUGUAUUUUCAGCACUUCAUUUUCUGUUGUUUUCUUGUCAAAAUUUUCCGGCAUUUCUAAUCUUUGAAUCAAUUCACAUAAGCUACAACAAACAAUUCUUUUUUAUAUGGUCAUUGUAGAUAAGGGUAAACCACUCAAAAAAAUUACAUCGACUUUACAUGCCUAAAUACCUAUGUGGUUGCAGCCAUUUUUAUUAAUGUUUUUCAUUGGAAUUUCAUAAAUUUGCCAUCGGCAGCUUAGGAGAAUGUAAGUGUCUUGGACCUCGAUUUUCUUAAAUAUCACGUAAACUACCUCAUUUGAUUAUGGAAAUGACCAGGGAACAUAAAACUCAUAUUCUGCAUAGAUCGAUCUAGGAUACAUCGAUAUUUCAAUUGUGCCUAGUUUGCUCGUAAUCAUAUGAAAUUAAAUCAAAGCUCUUAGAGAAUGCAGAUUUACUAACUGUAUUCUUGAAAAAGAAAUGUGAGUGUUGUGUUCUGUUCAAUGUAAGUUCUCCUUGGUUACCCAUUACAGUAUAAAAAGAUGAAAAAUCUUUUGCUUCCAGGAAGACAAAUCUUUUUUCAAGCCCUGUCGUUUGCGAUACUCAAGCACGUGCUCUUGAUAAAGCUUGGUCUUUAAAGAGUGGUUGAUGAUGUUUUGUGGGCCUUUAUUGUAGUCAAUCCAUCGAAUAAAUGAUACAGCAGAUUUUUUUCGUAUGGCCGAUAAUCAUCAAUCAUCUCAGGGGGGAUUGCCAAUCGAGCACACUUUUCAACUAAACUGUGUUGAAUCGUGAAAAUCACUGCAUGCAGCUGCUGAACGAUCAUGGUGAUUAAAGUUACUUUAAACUCAACCAGCAGCCAAGCAAUAAACGCAAAUGAAUUCGGCUUCGUAUCAAACUUUUCCGUUGAUUUCAAUCGUCUCUUUACAUCUGUAGGUCAAGGUCGAGGAAGGAGAACACUUCUACACGCUCCCAUAAAUUUCAAGAAAUUUUGAUAUAAAUCUAUUUGCCCUUUGCUCGGGAGUGACAUUGCAAAAAUAGCCAUUAACAGUAUUCAACAAUUUGAAAAAUUUCAAUAAUUUUCUUCUGGAUGUAGCUAAUUCUCGUCUUUGCAAGUUCACCACAUUCAGAAACUUAAUUUUUGUAGAGUAGGACUAAGGACCGCGAAGCAUAUUACAGCCUGAGGGGGCUAAAAAGUUUUGGGGGGCUAAACAUGCUAAAAAUCAAGAGCAAGGUAACUUUUUCCAUCUUUAAGUACAUUUUGGAAAUUAUUAGGGGGGUUAAAGCCCAAACAGCCCCCCAAACAGCCCUCCGUGGACACCAUUUUCUAGCAGAAUUCUCAAAAACCCUAAAUCGCUGUUUCUCGUUAUAUGUCACAUAGCCCCACGCUCAUGUCCUGAGCAUCAACUCCUUCGUUGGCCAAGAGAAACUAGGCAUUAUGUUCAUAUAUUUGUAUAAAAUUUCAUUAAAAGGAUAUUGUUAGGGAACGGAUCUUAGGUAAAAAUGUUACCAUCAAAAAGAGAGACUGUUGACAUUUCAUUUGUUACCUGAAGCAAACAAUAGGGUAAAAGGAACAUUAGGGAAUAGACGACGUAGCUCAGGUGUCAAGAAUUGGCAUUCAGGCUCCCAUUUCUCUCUUUCCUGCAGAUGUCAGGCCUUUCACUUGCAAGUUAGGCCAGCUUUCACGCCUUCAAUAAAUUCUCUUCUUCACUAGCUUCACGAAAUGUUUUCUCCUCUAGCUUCGUGACAUUGGCUUUGAAGUUAAUUUUAAGCUCUUUAGCAUGCAAAUACCAAUGGCCUAAACAAUGUAGGCGGUACCAAUAUGCAGAGGUCUAUUCUGCAGCUUUAAGACUUUUGAAUACUUUUGACAAACUUUUGACCAUUUCAGAUGAGAAAGUGAUUUGACACAGAGAGUUCUCCUUGAUCGGAUUCAAAGAAGACAGUGCUAAAAAAUGAAUUUUGCAUGCAUAAUACUGGUGUGAGUAUAAUAGUAAAUGACUGCAAUUUCUCAGGUCAAAGAUACAGAAAUUCGAUCGUCAUUUGUCCGAAUAUAUCCCAUUUGUCUAAGCACAUCUAUGACUUUGCACACAUUCUAAUUACAUAAAGAGGAUAAAGUAGAAGAGCCAAUUUCACAAUACCAACAUGCAAAUAGUCUUAAUACCGUAACGAUUCACACAACUAAACUGCGUUGCCACACAAGAUGCACUGACAGCACUAAAUUAAUCUAGUUCUAGCUUUAAUAAACUUAGGAUGCAAUGGGAUUGCCAUUUACGCGACCCUGACCCAAGCUGCAUCAGGCCAACUAGGACAGGUCUGAUGCACAUAUCAUGUUUUUAAGGCGGCAUCACUAUAUAUUUAGCAGGUAAGAUUUUCCUUGGUUCAAAGGCAACUGAACCCAAGUUAAUUUUAUGAAUUCAUGCAUAAGUAAGACAAAAGACCUAAUUCAUCAAAGUAAUAACCAUUUCAUCAAAAACACUGAAAGUUUGUGACUUGCAAUAAAAAACCUUGGAUAAAAGUCUCAGAAGUGUUAAUCCAGCAUAUGCAAUAUAAAAAUGAUUGCAUAUCUUUUUAUGUGUUAAUUUAUUCAAGCAUCAGCAUCACUUCUUCCUUGGGCGUCAAAUAUCAUAAAACAAGCUACAUUUUGAAGAAAAACGUAAACUGACAUCAUUGACUUUUCUGUAAGGACUAUUAUAAGUGAUGAAAGUAAUCACGUUUAAAUGUUAAUCAUGAACUCGACAUCAUACAAAUAUAGCUCAGUAAUCAGAAGUUAAAAAAAAUGGCAAAAGACGAUCAAUCGGUUUGGUUUUCGGUAGAACAACCUAUUUUGGAGCACAUAUAAAGGUUGGGUGCAGCAGCGCUUCAAGGAGAGCUUUAUUGCUCACUAUUGCAUGUUUCAAACAAAAAGGAAUUCAACAUAACCAUGCUUGAUCAAGCUUUAUCAAAAAUAUAAGCAAUGCUUUGAAAACUUAACUUUCCAAGAAAAUACAAGAAAGCCUGCAAAAUUUUAUUUCAUCCAAAUUUUGAAUUUUUGAAAAAUACGAAGGUAUACAGUAAUGUCACGAGAAA